GUGGAUGGGUGUGUGUGUUUGAUUAGUGCUAUAGUGGAGUUUUAUGUUUGUAAUUUUUAAAUAUUUAUACGAUCUUUAUUCGUCUUUAUUUUAAUUAUAAUUUCAUUAAAUUUAUUAAUUAACUACUUCGUUGCACCGAUGUUGAUAUCGUAGACUGCACUUGUCGAAACACCGAAGUUGCUGUCGUUCUGGUUACUUCUAAUUUUCAUUUUUCGUUGAAGACGAGAACUUGAUUACUCAAAAUGUCGCAGCUACCACGUAUUAGCGAUGAAGAAAAGGAAUCGAAAUUCGGUUUCGUAUACGCCGUUUCUGGACCUGUCGUUACAGCGGAGAGAAUGUCCGGAUCGGCUAUGUACGAGUUAGUUCGUGUAGGUUAUUUCGAACUGGUUGGAGAAAUCAUUCGUUUGGAAGGUGACAUGGCCACUAUUCAGGUAUACGAAGAAACAGCCGGAGUUACCGUCGGUGAUCCUGUUUUGCGAACUGGAAAACCAUUAUCUGUCGAAUUGGGUCCCGGUAUAUUGGGUAGCAUCUUUGAUGGUAUUCAGAGGCCGUUGAGAGAUAUCAGCGAUUUAGUGCAAAGUAUUUACAUUCCAAAAGGUAUCAAUGUACCAGCAUUAGGACGUUCUUCGUCUUGGGAAUUCAACCCGUUGAAUAUUAAGGUUGGCAGCCACAUAACUGGAGGCGAUUUAUACGGUAUCGUUCACGAGAAUUCGUUAGUUAAACAUAAAAUGAUGUUGCCACCCAAAGCGAAAGGUACCGUCGUUUAUGUUGCUCCCGCCGGAAACUAUACUGUCGAUGACGUUAUUCUGGAAACAGAAUUCGAUGGCGAACGUUCGAAAUUCACUAUGCUUCAAGUAUGGCCUGUUCGACAACCGAGACCUGUCACUGAAAAGUUACCCGCUAAUUAUCCCUUACUGACCGGACAACGUGUUCUCGAUUCUCUCUUCCCAUGUGUACAAGGUGGUACAACCGCUAUACCAGGAGCUUUCGGUUGCGGUAAAACUGUCAUUUCGCAAGCUUUGUCCAAAUAUUCCAACUCGGAUGUCAUUAUUUAUGUCGGUUGUGGUGAACGUGGUAACGAAAUGGCUGAGGUAUUACGAGAUUUCCCCGAAUUGAAUGUCGAAAUAGACGGUGUUACCGAAUCCAUCAUGAAAAGAACAGCUCUCGUCGCCAAUACAUCAAACAUGCCUGUAGCUGCUCGUGAAGCUUCAAUUUAUACAGGUAUCACUUUAUCCGAAUACUUCAGAGAUAUGGGUUAUAACGUAUCGAUGAUGGCCGAUUCGACGUCACGUUGGGCCGAAGCUCUUCGAGAAAUUUCUGGUCGUUUGGCUGAGAUGCCUGCUGACAGUGGUUAUCCGGCUUAUCUGAGUGCAAGAUUAGCCUCUUUCUACGAAAGAGCUGGCCGAAUUAAAUGUCUGGGAAAUCCGGAUCGUGAAGGAUCCGUCAGUAUCGUAGGCGCCGUAUCACCUCCUGGUGGUGAUUUCUCAGAUCCGGUCACAUCGGCUACUUUAAGUAUCGUGCAAGUGUUUUGGGGUCUGGAUAAGAAGCUCGCUCAACGUAAACAUUUUCCAUCCAUUAACUGGCUUAUAUCUUACAGUAAAUAUACUAGAGCUUUAGACGAGUUCUACGAUAAAAAUUUCCAAGAAUUUGUACCGCUUCGUACAAAAGUCAAAGAAAUCCUUCAAGAAGAAGAGGACUUAUCCGAAAUCGUACAACUUGUUGGUAAAGCUUCGUUGGCCGAAUCCGAUAAAAUUACCCUGGAAGUUGCCAAAUUACUCAAAGACGAUUUCUUACAACAGAACAGUUACUCGCCUUACGAUCGAUUCUGUCCAUUUUAUAAGACCGUAGGAAUGUUGCGUAACAUUAUUGCAUUUUACGAUAUGUCGCGUCAUGCUGUAGAAUCGACAGCUCAGUCAGACAAUAAAAUUACAUGGUCUAUAAUUAGAGAUAGUAUGGCCAACAUAUUGUACCAACUAUCUUCCAUGAAAUUCAAAGAUCCCGUCAAAGAUGGCGAAGAGAAAAUCAAAGCAGAUUUUGAUCAGUUGUACGAAGAUAUUCAGCAAGCAUUCCGUAAUUUGGAAGAUUAAUUUUGUUGUUGAUAUAUUGCAUAUUCAUUCUACUUUGUUUUUUUUUUCACCUCUAAAAAGUGAUAUAUUUGUAAAAUAAAAUUCCCAACAUUGCAUCAAGUUUUCAUACAUCUCCCCCCUAUUGCAUCGUGUACAUUGAACGCGCACUUCUUCAUUUUGCCGUAAAUUUUUUGUCUUGUUUCGUUCUUUCUUCUGUGUUACUUGGUGGUGGUGACAAUGAUCGUAGUAGUCAGACAAAAGAUAUCAACUAUAUAUUUUUAAUACAAAUACGUUGAACGUAUUGAUUGUUUAGGCAUUCCAAUUUUAUUAUUAUUCGUUAAAAAAAAAAUUUAAUAGCCAUUCGUAAGGCGUUUUAGAAACAUGAUUUUAUUGUUUUAUUUGUUACCAUAUAUAAUUUUGUAGAUAACUAAAUAGAAAUAGAUCAUAAUUUAGGUUUAUUAGAACUGUUGUUUUACCGAUGCAUAUUGCUAAAAUGUUAAUUAUGUAUAUCGUUGUUUCUAUAUUCGUAUUCGUAUUCGUACCUAUACCUAUAUAUAUGCCUCGACAAGAGUCUGUGAACGACGUUGGUUUUCGAUUUUUUGCAAUAAAAACUCUUUUUUGCGAGUAUUUUUCCUCAUAACAGUACGCGAAAAUUAUUUUAGUCACGGCUUUCAAUGGGUUUAACCUCGCAUGAAAUUCAAAAGUCUAAAAUAUUAUUGAAAUUCCAAAAAUUACCAUACUAUCGGAGACAUCCGAAGAAUUUCAUGUCUCUUUGUGCAUUUUUAUCAUGUUAGAUAGCGUAUGAAUGAAUUACAUACAUGAAUCAUGCUCGAAGAACUUCAUUCAUUGUGUUUUGAAAUUGCUCGCUGUAUUCAUUGAUUUUGUAUAUUUUUUUCAUUUCAUUUUUACGCGCAAAUAAACGGUUUGAAAAAAAAAGCCUAGCAAUAAUCAUUUUAAGUACCUACAACGCCGAAGAGAUGAGCGUACAAUGUCGAGCGUUUAUUAAAUCGUUAUAUUAUUUGUAUGAAUGUUAAAAUAGUUUGUGUACUUAUUCUCCGUCGAGGGAAUUUAAUAAUGUACUAUUACUUAUCAAUGUUUAUUUUUCGUAAUAGUUAAAUUAAUUACCUACGUUGUAAUAAUCAAGUUAUUUAUGUAUUUGUUAAGUUAUACGCGUACGUAGCUUUUAUUUAAAUCAGAUUUAUUUACAAAAUUUAAAAUUUGAAUUCGUUUUGUUUUUCCGUUUCUGUUUUUUUUUGACCUAGUUCAAUAAAAACUAUUCAAAAUA